CCGGAGCUCCUUCUGUGACUGUACCCUGCGUUCGGGGGCUGCAGCUCCAGCGGAUCGAGGCAGACCUCUGUGUUCGACUGUUUAGGGGUUGCCACCCUGUGACCCCCCCCCCCCCGCCAUGGGAGUGACUUGUGUAUCCCAGAUGCCUGUGGCUGAGGGCAAGAGUGUCCAGCAGACGGUGGAGAUCCUCACCCGGAAAUUAGAGAUGCUUGGGGCAGAAAAACAAGGAACAUUUUCUGUGGACUGUGAGACUUACCACACAGCUGCCUCCACUCUAGGCAGCCAAGGACGUCUGUCCCUUGCAGGUCAGGCUGGGAAGCUGAUGUACGUGAUGCAUAACUCUGAGUACCCACUGAGCUGUUUCGCCCUCUUUGAGAAUGGCCCUUGUCUGAUUGCUGACACCAACUUCGAUGUGCUCAUGGUGAAGCUCAAGGGCUUUUUCCAGAGUGCCAAGGCCAGCAAGAUUGAGACCCGGGGCACCCGUUACCAGUACUGUGACUUCCUGGUGAAGGUGGGCACAGUCACAAUGGGACCCAGUGCCCGAGGCAUCUCUGUGGAGGUAGAGUACUGCCCCUGUGUGGUGGCUAGUGACUGCUGGAGCCUGCUGCUUGAGUUCCUACAGAGUUUUCUAGGCAGCCACACUCCAGGGGCUCCUGCAGUGUUUGGGAACAGACAUGAUGCCGUCUACGGGCCAGCAGAUACCAUGGUACAGUACAUGGAACUCUUCAACAAGAUCCGCAAGCAGCAGCAAGUGCCAGUGGCUGGGAUCCGUUAGUGACUGGCAGCUGCCAGCCGGACUGUCAUCAGGGUCUUGCCAGGGAGGAGCAGAUGCUACACUCGGGACCCUGGGGCUCAGGACUUCCCUCCUCUGACCCCUGUAACAGCUGUUUUGCUCCAUGCCUUAACUGGAUUUGGCUUGUCCUCAAGAAUUGUAAUUGUGAAGAAUGGAGAAGCUUGGACCUUUCUUGCUGUAGGGAAAAGGUAGGACAGGUGUGUCCCUGCCAGCACUAGAGGGGAAACAUGGUGCGUCCCCAGCUCCUAUGACCACACUGGACUCUGGUUGUGCUGUACUGAGCCCCUCUUCUGCAUGAGGUGGCUGGCCAUCUCCUGGAGAUGGGGGGGGGGGGUGGCACAACUGAAUAGCUCUUAUUUUUUGACCCCUUGGCCAAAGUGAUUCAUGAACCGACACUCUUAGGGUGUUAUUGCAUAUUUGGAACUCUCUUUCUGACAUUUUUGCUGUUUUGAAUUAUGUGAACCCACAGGCUACACUACUUAACAGAGCCAAAAGCACAGGGACUCUUAUUGGACAAUUUAUUUUUCUCUUACAUAAUAGGUCAGAGGUUAUCGGGUGGCCCAGGGCAGAUUUAACUCUACAGGGUCACCAGGAACCAGGCUUCCUACAUCUUGUUCAGUCACCCCAGGCAUGCUGUCCUUACCCAUAGAUGGGCUCAAACACACUCAUUGGCUCCAUGGCCAUGGUUCACUGAGGAAAAGUGGAGACGUGCAGUUACUUUUCGAAGACGCUGCUCAGAUCACUGUGGCCACACUUUACUGAAAGGGAGGCUGGGACAUAGAGCCUCUUAUCUGGGCAGUCAUACCCCAAUUGAAACUCAGAGGGGGUGCUGGGCCCAAUUAGGGGCCUUUGCUACAUGGAGCUCAGUGGACAUGCCCCAGAACAUUUCUGGCAGUUCUUUUGCAGUUAAUAUCCCCCAUAACUGAGACCAUUGUUAUGAAUUGGCCUGGCAAAGACUGAUCCCAGAGCCACUCUGAGUGCAGCAUGAUUAGCUGUGCUGGGAAGUCAGGUCUGCACCUCUCUGCAUCGGGGCCUCUUCACCAGAGGAGUUUAUUUAGGGUCUUCUGCACUGUGCCCCACAAGCUUUCCCCUCUCUUCCUUGAGCUGCCAAGCUGUUCCACUGACCUCAUUGCUUACCUCCUGCACCUCUGCUACAGAAAAAGUUGGCCAGGAUAACAUCUAAGCUAUACACACAUGGACUCAGGAAAACUUAAUGCACAUAGUGGAGGGCAUCAUCAAGGAUUCAGGCCUCGCUGUGGAGAGCUAAAUAGAAAUCGUUUCCAGGGCACACUUCUGUAGUACAAACGAGGAACUGGUCAAGUUUGGAUGGCAGGAAAGCUCAGCCUGUCUUCCUCACUACAGGGUCUGUCACCCAUGAUGUUCAUUGUUGCUGCCCCUUGCUUUUGUUGUUAUGGUUGAUUUUAGUUUUAAAGAUUGAGGUAUGUUUUCUGUAUCACAAUAAAAUGUACCAGUCUUAUUUUG